UGAUCUUGCCUUCAAAGACACCGUCGCCAUUGACGGGAAAUUUUCAGAAAACGCAGAGAGAACAGAGGAGAUGGUUUAGGUCCAAGUCGUUAGUUUCUAGUAAGUGGUGGUUGUGGUAGUGGUGAUGGUUACGACUCAGGCUUGUAAGCUCAACCUUCCCCUCCAUGCUCACCCUUCUUCUUCGUUGGAGAUAAGGUCUCUUCUCUUCGAACCAAUCUCUCAGUCUCUUGCUUUGAUGUACUCCGAUUCCUCCUUUCUUCUUCUCCCUUCUCCUCCUCUCUUCACUUCUUCUCCUUCUCCUUCCUUUCCUCCCCAAACCUUAAUCCCUUCUCCAUCUAGUUCUGCUUGCUUCGUCCGCCUUCAUGGAAGCCCUAAUUCCACCGACGGUCGAGUCCUCUUCGUCGUCGCCGGUCCACAUAACGGUGGCUCGUCGGUUCUUCUCCGGUUCUGGAUCCUCAGGAAGAACCAGGCAUCAUUUGCAAAAGCUGAACUGAGUUGCAAUCGGAGCGGCAUCAGCUGUGAUCAUAGAUUAGGUGUCGUCGUUGAUCUGUCGCAUGGGUUAUCGAUUAAACUAGCCGGUUCAGUUAAUGUUUUCGCAUUGCAUUCGGUGUCUGCUCGUAAAAUUUUUGUUUUUGCAGCUAAGAUGGUUGGGGAUGAGGAUGAUGGGGUGGGCGUGCGCUUGGUGAAGUGUGCUAUUAUUGACUGUACUUUGCCGAUUUGUUCGAUGACUAUUUUGUUUGGGUUUUUGCUUCUUGGCGAGGACAAUGGUGUUAGGGUGUUUCCAUUGAGGCCCCUUGUUAAAGGACGGGUUAACAGACAGCAGGAACUUAAGCGCAGACCAGAGAGAAAAAUGAAUCUGCCGAAUGGGUCAAUUCCGACAAUUAAUGGAAUUAAUGAUCUGUAUAGCACAGAGACUGUGUAUUCGAAGCAUUUGGUUAGUGGUAAUGAUGGAAAAAGUGCCAAGCAGGAAGGAACCGCAGUCUCAACUAAUGGGUUCACUAAGGCUGAGGGGCAUCAUGAAUAUGCAAAGCUUAGGACUGUGAAAUUGAGACAGGACUCACGUGAAUGUGGCACAUGCUUCAUGUCAUUUAAGGAUCCAGAAUCCCAAAGCUCGAAAUCUACCACAUUAUUCUCGAUGCCUGUAAAAGCAGCUUACAUCCAUGCAUUAUCCCCAAAUAAGUUCUUAAUCUUGGAUAUGGUUGGAGAAUUACAUCUCCUUUGGCUGUACAAUAGAGUCUCUGGAUCAGAAAUCAAAGGUCACAUGAGGCAUUUAAAUCUUUCCAUGAAAGCCCAAAUGCUAGCUGUUAUUCCUGAUAUUUCCAUGAGAACACAGACUUUUUGGGUAUCAGAUGGAUUCCAUUCUGUGCACACUAUGUCAAUUUCUGACAUGGACAUUCCUGCCAAUGAGGAUGUUAAAAAUGACAUUGAAGAAAAGCAAGUACAAAUCUCAGCUAUUCAAGCAAUAUUUGCAAGUGAAAAGAUUCAGGACAUUGUUCCUCUCGCUGCCAAUGCAAUUCUGAUUCUUGGACAAGGAAACAUAUAUGCAUAUGCAAUUUCCUGAGGUUGAUAGAUGGUUUUAUCUUUCCUAGUGGAAAUUUCUGUUCUUGGCCAAAUUAAAACUCUGAAUGGUUUAUGUCCAUGGAGUUGGCUUCCGGAAUCAAUGUUUGUUCAGAAAUUGGCUGGUAUGCAACCUCUGGUUGCCAUGAAUUUCAGUUCACUGUUAUGCCCUCCCUCUGGUUAUUUUGGUGAUUUUUUCCGGUACUGUCAUUGAAGUCAUAAGCUGCAGUUUUCUUCCAUUUCGGAAAAUAUCGCCUCAAGAACAUUGGCUUUUAAAGAGCAGAUGCAUGACUAAAGCUGGAAUUUCAUGAAGCACAAGCCACCAAGCUACCCCUGCUACCCAAUCUGCUUCCAUUUGCAAAGGACUUUAAUGCUGUAUGCUCCCAAACUGAUUAUGUGACAUUUUUCUGUUUUCUCACCUUUAUGAGAUGUCCUUUUUCAUCUCACAGUUCACUAAUUGGAAAAUGAAGUAUAUGCAGACAACCAAGUGAACAAAGGUACGAUGCGGCUUUCAUUUGCUUGCAUUACAAAUGAGAUUUUUACUGGAUCAUUGCAAAGGAUAUUUACCCCUUAGGGUCAUCCACUGAAAUGCUGCGAAUGUCAGUACUAUUCUUGAAGAGCUUGUGAUCACCUUACACCCAUAAAAGCAUUUAUCUCAAGUCAUUGGAUUGAAGAAAUUCAGAAAUCUGUUUUGUUUGAAUAGUUCAAAUGCCGUGUCUGAAAACUUGUCACCACCAUAUCAUGAUAAAGUAUUAUCUAUCUUUAGUUGUUGAAGACUAGAAGUCAAGACUCCCAUUCCCUUUCUUUUUCCCUGGAGGGAAGCUGUUUAAAGCAUUUUCUCCUCUACUGUCUUCCGGUUUAAGCUUUGCUUUCUAUUUGUCUGCUUUUUACUUGGAUUCUGCAGUCUACAUUGGCAUACAGUAUUAUUUGUCAGAAAAGAACUACUGUGCAACUAAUGGUAGUAUGGUACCCUAUGUAUUUAUGAAAACUUUCAGAUUUUUUUGAGGGGGAGAGUUUCUGUUCGGGAGUGUGGGCGGGGUUUUUAUUUUUUUUAUAGGGGAUGGGCCAGUCAUCCCAGUGGCCUGUGUCUAAGCGUAGGACUUAUGCUCCAGGACAAGCCCUUUAUUCCUCUCUUUUUUUUUUUUUGGUUAAUUUAAAUUAAAACUCCUGUGUUGAAUUGAUUUGCUUGAA